UGGCUGCAGAGCUUGCGGGGCGUUUGAUGCACCACUAGCACUGCUGAAAGUUCGGACGGACGCACAAUCAGACCGAGAGAGGGACCGGCCAGCGGCCGCGGAGAGUGGCCCUCUCAGCCCAGGUCACCCCAGUCGGGGAGUUCUUCCUCCUGUCUUGCCGAGUGCCCUCUCCAGGCCUCUGAAGCGCAUUUCCCCACGAUCUGGACAGAGCUCAUCACGACCGGGAGCUUCUGCAGUGCCGAGGACUCAGAUCUGAGAGUCCAAACGGGGCUCUGGAGGCCUUCCUGCGAGCAGUCCGGAACACAGGGACAACCGAGGGGCAAAGGGGAGGGAGAACAGUGAGAAGAGACCCUCUCCUGGGGCUCGCCCUGCCCCUCACCAUCCAGGCUGUGCCCCAGUCUUGGGCUUGGUCAAGCACUGAUCUCUGGCUGGAAUGCACUGGCCCUGCUCCCUCCAAUCUCAAGUGUCCAGGAACCCGGUCCUGAUACCCACUGAGUUGGGUGGCUCCUUUACCCACCACAUGCCUGCCUAGGGCCAGGGCCAGCACUGACCCAUUAUGCAGCCUGCCUUACUCCACUAGGCCUGGAGCUCUGGGAGGGCAGGAGCCUGUCCACCUGCCUGCGCUGGAUCUGCCGCUCACCUCCCCGCUGCUGGCUUGCCUCCAGUCAUGGCGCCCCUGCUGGCUCUGUUCCUGGCAGCCCUGGUGGGCCUGCCUCUAGCCCAGGCUCUGGACUGCCAUGUGUGUGCCUACAAUGGAGACAAUUGCUUCAACCCCAUGCGCUGCCCGGCCAUGGUCACCUACUGCAUGACCACACGUACUUACUACACCCCAUACAAGAUGAAGGUCAGCAAGUCCUGCGUGCCCAGCUGCUUCGAGACUGUGUAUGACGGCUACUCCAAGCAUGCGUCCACCACCUCCUGCUGCCAGUAUGACCUCUGUAAUGGUGCUGGCUUGGCUGCCCCAGGGACCCUGGCCCUGGCUCCCAUUCUCCUGGCCACUCUCUGGGGCCUACUCUAAAGCCCUAGUCCCCCAGGCAGACCCACUCCAGGACAGAGCUCUCAAGAGAGAGCUGCACACUCUCACGGCACCCCCACCUGACAUUCUGCCACUCAAGACCCCCUCAGGUACACCUGGAUGCAAAGCUGUCUGCAGAAGGACUCCUGGCCUCCCGCUGCCCACAAGGCCUCACACUGAGGCCAUGGACUUUCAUUUUUAAACAGCUGCUGUGUGGGACUGGACCUCCCAGGGAUGCCUGGCCUUGAUGGACAGGCCUGGCCCUGCUUCUGUUCAGGGUCAUGGGUCUGGGAAAGGGCUAUUUAAGGGGAGGUCAGUCAACUGAGUAGUGCUGAUCUGAUGGCAGUGGGGACAGACCCCACCCUGUGUGCAGCAGGUGGUUGGUAUGCUGGAGUGGAAGGGGAGACAGGAACCCAGGGAGGGCUGUGCAGGUCCUCUUCAUCCUCCUGAGGCCAGCAGCUGCCCAGGGCAUGUGAGGGAGGCCUUUCACUGCCAGCUGUUGCAGGAACCAUGACAGGCCUGGUGUCUCCGUGACCCCCAGCACAGGAGGGGCUGCUCUGCCUGGACAGGCCAAGCAGAGAUCUGUGCCUCCUGCUCAGUCAGACCUCUUGCCCUUCCAUCCCCACCCCCACCUGGGGCUGGACAAGCUUCAUCCCUGAGGCUGGCAGGACGUGGGGGGGACGUGCUAUAUUUGGUCUAGCCUGCACUGACCAGGGCCAGGGCUAUUCUGGGCAGGGCAGGGCAGAUGGGCCCCCCAGGCCUGGGCCUCAGCCCAGUGGCCCUGGCAGGGAAAGGAAUGUGUAGCCUGGGGGAACUGGAGGACCCAAGGGGCAGUGGAGGAGGGGCAGGAAUGGGGUCUGAAGCCGUCUCCCAGGACCUGUAGCCCCUCUGCCUGCUGACUGCUCAUAGAUCUUGAGGAAAGGAAGGAGUGCCCAGGGAUUCCCCUGGGGCUGCACCUCAGCCUGAGGGUCCCUUCAACCCCAAGAGUUCUGCAAAGUCCAGAUCUGGGAGGCUGGGUUUGCCCACCAUCUGCCAUUCAAAUGUAGGGGACUGGGGAGCAUCUGUCCCUUCCAGUGAGGCCAGAUGGGGCUGGGUCUCCUUCGCUGACCAGUGCCAGAUGAUGAGACCCCUCAAGCUGGUUCAGCCCAGGGGGGAAGGUGGUGGCCAAAGUCCAUGUGCAGCAUUGCCCCAGCUCCAAGCAUGGCCCUCAUGGGGGUGCCCUGCUGGACACUGCCCCCUGAGAUCUUUGCCUGUGACUGCCCCUCCAGGGGUGUCAGGAGAUGAGGUUUCCAUCCUGGGGUCUCCUCCCCGAGCUUUAUGCGGGCCGGGCUCUACUCCUGUGGCUGUGGUGGAUUUCCUGCCUUUCUUAGCUUCUCUGGAGGCAGAUAGCUGGGGUGGGGAAGUGGAGUCCCACUGAGGCUUGCCCAGUUCCUCAGGGAGGACAGCGGUAACUGGCGGGAAGGGGCCCGGGGGUAAGAGCACACUGAAAGGUUACCCCACACAUUGUGGGGCUGGUGCCCAGCCCAGAAACCACCUGACCCCAGCUGGCAUCUCCUUCCCCCAAGGCCCAGUCAGGUCUGAGCCCCUCCCUGGAGGCUGGCAGAAAGCCAGGUGCUGCCCUGAGCUCCCACUGGACCCCCACCAGCAAGCAGCCGGCCUCAAGGCCAUAGUGACCAGUGCAGGCCUCAAAGUACUGGCUGGGUGCAAGGGGCAGAUGCGGGCCCCUGGCCUGUAGAGUGGCCUGGGAAGCCGCCACUAACCCACUUGUGCAAGUGCACUGUCCCCCCUCAGGUGGCAUCCAGAGCCAGAGCUGGCGGGGCCCAAGGCUGGCUCCUCUGCUCUCACCUGUGGCUCCCUGAGGCUGACUGGAGGGCCACAGGUCAGCUUCGCACACCUGCCUCCUGCAUCCAUCGGUCCAUGUCUUCCCACCCUGACCUGCCCCAGCCCAGUGGCCACUGCCCCUGCCCCCACAGCCAGGGAUCCUGCCUGACCGGCCCGACCCUGGUCCUAGUACAGAGCGUGCAGAAGGUGCUCAGCUAAUGCUGGCCCGGCCUGGCAGAGGGCAGUGAUGGCUUGCACACCGGAGAGCCAGGACGCAGUGCUGGUUGCUUGGCCUGUCCUGAGCCUGUCCGUGGUGAGUACCAGCUCCCCUCCUGCUGCAGGUGGCUCUGGGCACUCCAUGGCAGCAUGCAGGGCGGGAGCUGCAGUCAUGCCCUGGCAGGUGAGGAGGCUGAGGCCCAGAGAGGCGAAGCCAGCCUCCCACAGGCCCUCCACCAGCCCCGCCCUCCUCGCAGGCUCUUCCCCCACAGGCUGGGGUUCCUCCAGGCCUGGGAGUGGAGUGGGGGUCUAGAAUUUUCAGACUCCCACCAUGUUACAUAGGAACUAAGGAGCAGGAAGCUUGGAAGGGAAAAUCGGAACCAUAGGUCUGAGAAGCCAUAGGUCAGAGUCAGGAUCCAGCCCUGCGACUGGAAGCGAGGGUGGGGUCAGGUGAGAAGGCAGAGAAGGUCAGGGGCGCUGGUGGCUGACCCCUCCCCUGCCUGCGUCUGGGCUCAGGGUGGCAGGCAGGGCAGUGGAUGUCCCCGCUCAGGAGAAAUAGGCGCCCUGGUGGGUGGAUGCUCAGGGCUGCUCGCUGCUGCUCUCUGGACGAGCCUGGGGUCUCGAGGCAGGCUGCGUGGUGACACUGUGGUGCCAGGAGCGCGGUGUGUUCUCAGCGGCAUGUGACGAUCCCGUGUAGCUGCAGCUCUGGCCACCACCUGCAGGCCAGGUCUGCACCAGCAUGCUUGGCAACUGUGGGUUGGUCCUGUCCUGGAGAGGAGUUGGGAGGUGGUGCCGUGGCAGCCCAGGUGACAACUGGAGGUGGGGAGGGGGGCGGCUGGCAGUGCACUUCCUUCUGCAGCGCACGCCCGUCACAGUGCGUGUGUGUGGUCUUCUCAACCGCACACUCUAGAGACCCACGAAGUGGAGUGUCCCCACUCCAUCCCUUCCCUAGCACACUCUGUGGUCCCAGAACUCUGGGCACCUCGGGCUCUUCAGCAUAGCUCCAGGCCUGAGCCAUCUCAUUGACCAGACGAUCGUGGGCAUCGUGUGCUCCUGGGGCCUGGACACAGGGGCCCCGGAUGGACAGUGCCCUUCCAUCCUAACUUCCUGGGGUCCACAAGCUGCCCUGGGCCAUGUGCCUGCCAGCUGCUAAUGUUAACCCUAACUCCCAACCCUCACCUGGCCAGGUCAUGGAAUGCCACCUCUAGGCCACAGGUCCCCACUCCUUGCUUAGCAUGCUUACCCAGCCCUCAGGAGAGGUCCUGUCAGUGUCCCCCAUGGAAUGCACAAAUAAAUGGUCAGAUGCCUUUGUCUGCCCCUCUCUCCACCCGGCCAGCUGGCCUGAGUCCAGUUUCGCCUCUCCAGUCUGAUUUGGUGGGGUCUCCUGGCCUGCGGGGGUCCUGCCUCUUCCACCCCAACCCUUCCAUCUCCAGUUCUUCAUCUCCUCCAGGCGUGACCUGACCUUGGAGUCAACCCAGGUACAGGGUUGGGGUCAAGAAGGUUCCUGGGGCUCCCCUGGGAA